GUGAAGCUGGCCCUCCUCGAGAGGGCGGGGCGGGUUACGUCACUGCUUCCCAGGUUCGGACUGUCGGGCGGGCUCGAGUGGCCUCGUCCCCCUCCCAUCGACAACUGCCCCAACGGCUCUUCCUGCCCCAGUCAAGGCGAAGAUGUAGACAGAGGGCGUCGUCCCUACGUCUGUACAUCCCUCCGCGUGAGCCCCCCUGGGAAUACUAAACAUUAUCACCUCUCAUGCCGGACUGUGCCAGGUGGAAGGGUGGAAGAAAUCAUGAAUAACCCGCCCCUUUCAACCAGAGGGGGCGGGGCCGCGGGCCGUGAUGCCAUCAGAGGGCGCCCAAGGAGGCGCGUAACCGGUGCUGAAGAUGUUGGAUUCGCUGUUGGCCCUCGGGGGCCUGGUACUGCUUCGAGAUUCCGUGGAGUGUGAGGGGCGCAGUCUCUUGAAGGCGCUUAUCAAGAAAUCUGCCCUCUGUGGGGAACAAGUCCACAUUCUCGGCUGUGAAGUGAGCGAGGAAGAGUUUCGUGAAGGUUAUGACUCCGAUAUUAACAGCCGAUUGGUUUACCAUAACCUUUUCAGAGACCCUCUCAACUGGUCAAAGAAUGGGAAGGCCUUUCCUGAGGGCCCCCUGGGAGCCUUGAGAGCCUUGUGCAGGAGGACAGAUCCUGGUCCUGUCACCGUCGCUCUUGAUUCACUCAGCUGGCUGCUGCUUCACCUGCCGUGCACCAUACUGUGCCAGACCCUGCAUGCUCUGAGCCAUCGGAGUUCCUGCCCUGACAGCAGCUCCUCAAUGGAGCGGGUGCGUGUGCUGGGCCUGCUGCAUGAAGAGCUUCACGGCCCAGGCCCUGUGGGGGCACUGAGCAGCCUUGCUCAGGUAGAGGUGACCCUGAGUGGUAUGCUGAGCCAGACCUCAGCCAACAUCCUCUACCGAAGGCCCCGACAGCGCCCAACUCACCAGACUCAGUGCUUCUCCAUCCUGCCAGAUUUCAGCCUGAAUCUCCAGGGGAUGUCCACCCUAGAGUCUCAGCCCCACCCAGACCCUCCUACCACCCAGGCGGAUCCCACGGCUCACUUAACCUUUAACCUUCGCCUGUCGGAGAAGGAAAAAGAAGCCAAAGAUAGCCUGACCCUGCCUUUCCAGUUCAGCUCUGAAAAACAGCAGGCUCUGCUGUGCUCUGGGCCAGGCCAGGCCACCAGCUGCAUCUUCUACGAGCCAGAUGCUUAUGAUGACUUAGACCAUGAAGACCCAGAUGACGAUCUAGAUAUUUGACUGAACAGGAGAUUUGGAUAGACUGUAAUUGGAAUGGAAGAAAGAACCUGGGCCCAGAACCAUCAUCUUUCCAUUGUUUGUGCUGGACUGUCCCAGCUCCACCUGUUUCUUGUGUCAGUGGAGGCCCUAGCUUGUGACCCUCAAGCCAGGGAGGAGAGACUGAUCAGGACAGAAAAUGGGAUGAGGGCAGGAGAAGGUGUGAGAACAGGACCCUCCCCCAUGCCUAAUAAAAUCUUUAUUAAAAAAACUCUGAUAGCUAUUUAAGCAAGGGUUGUGACUGGGGGAAACUGGAGGCUGGGAACAGUUAAGAGAAGCCAAGCCCCUUGGUCUUUAGAGUCAAUAGCCAAGGUAUUGGGGCCUGAAUUACAGUGAAAAGGAAAGGGAGGAGGGGCAGGGACAGCCUUGCACAUCAAUAAUGCCCAAUAAGCAUUUUUGAACAGAGCUACAAGUAAGUGCACUUAGGCUUCAGGCUCCCUGCUAGAAUCUGGGCAGGAAGAAGAGACCCUGAAGGGAAAAAAAACAGGCGUGUUUUCCAAA